AUGAAGUUCACUGUCGUCGUGCUCGCUCUCGCCGGCAUUGCCGGCGCGCAGGACACGCAGCUUCCUACGUGCGCACAAGGUUGUGUGAACCAGUACACGUCGGGAACCGCCAUUGCUGGUUGCAGCAACCUCGACAUCAAGUGUAUCUGCUCCAACUCUGGCUUCCUGGACGGCAUCGCCUGCUGUCUGGCUGCUGCGUGCCCCAAGGCCGACCAGGACACGGCCGUCAAGUUUGCCAAGAACAUCUGCACCGGUGCCGGUGUCACCGUACCCGAUCAAGUCGUGUGCAAGAACGUGACAACUUCUGGCGGUGCGCAGACUGGCGCCAGUCAGACCGCGGCGCCCGCUGCCACGGGCACACCCAAUGUCGCGUCCUCCAUGGGACCAGUUGCGUUGCUUGGAGGAAUCAUUGCGGCUCUGGCUGUGUUUUAG